AUGUCCAUCGAUAUUGAUCAUCAGAACCCCUCCGACGUCUUGAAACUGAAGACACCGGCUGUUACCAUAGCUGGAUCAGACGUCUCGUUCGACGACACCAUGUCGACGAGAUCCUCCCGCUCCAGUGUCCCGAGCGAGAUGACGGGCCCUCCCGCCGCAGAUGACAAAACGGAAGACUCUGAAGAGACCAAAGUCUCCGAGACUUCCAACAGAAUUUUGGACGUCAUUCUAGAAUACUCUCUUCACAAGUUCGACAGCACCGAGGAACUGCAUAAUGCCGGCAGGCCUAAGUUCCUAGCCGUCGUCUCACGCUUUGUCAAAGCACGGCAAAAGGUAGUCAUGUGUCUACCGGCAUUCCCGUUCAAGUCAGCAAAUAAGGUCGAAAAGGUUCUGGGUACCCUCCCAGAUAAGGCUGAAGAGUUGGCACUUGCUAGACUAAACUCCAUAUGUGUCACCAUUGGCCAAUUCUAUGAGCCUGGCGCAGAGCUGACUGUCAUCUCAGACGGCCUGGUUUACAAUGACUUGCUAGGAAUUUCUGACCAGGAGACCUGGCGUUACGGGUCGGCGCUACGGGCCAUGGCCGAGCGCAAGGCCUUCUCUCAUCUCUCAUUCUCCCGCCUACAGGAUUUGGUCGCAGUGAAGGGCCUGCCCAAUGACCUUAAUGAGCUCACGUACGUUGCCAACGCAACUAACUUCCGCCGGACCCUGUUCAACAAGUAUGGCCGGGACGGCGAUCUUGACAUUGACCAUGAAAUCGCCACAAAUCCGGACACGCUCGGGACGUACAAGGGGUACUGCCGCUUCCUCAAGUCAGAUCUGCAGCACAUUUUCGGCCCAGCUAAGAGCAGUGCCAAGUACAGGAAGGAUGUCAAGUACCUCGCCAAGCAAAUGCUGAUCCGGGGAUACGCUUUUGCGGGAGCCGUCAAAGCGCGCUUCCCGAACUAUUUACGUCUCAGUAUCCACCAGUCUACUGGAGAGCAUAAGAUUUCCAUCAGCCUGCUCAACACCAAAAGCGGCUUUACGACGCCGUGGCAUUGCAGCGUUGUAUUGAUGGCAGACGGUGAAUGGCUUAGUGGCCUUGCGGUCGACUUCAAAGCCGAUCGGUUGCUGGAGCUCGUCGAGGAGGAUGGCCGGCCGAGUUACUUCAGGGAGGUCCUCCGUCAACGACCAUACCUGAUGGAGAACGCGAAGCCGCGUAUAGUUAUUCAACAGGAGCCACAGGCCCAUAGGCCCAGGAUACGCCCAUCCUAG